GCGGAUAUGUAAACAGUGCUCUUUUUGGCGUAUGCGUUGAAUGUGAACAAGCCUGUCAUAUAUAUAGAUUUAAAUUAUUAUUACUAUUAUUCGAAUUAUGAUUAUAGCAUGUCGGUUAAUAUGAGAUGCUGGUUAGCUUGCAGUGCUAGGUUGAAAUGCUAGCUUGUUAGCCAGCUGGCUAGCAAGACUGCAGGGAGCAGAAUGGAGUGGAUGAGUGAACGCUAAAGGCUCCUCCACGCACCGCGCCGCCUUCUACACAGAUUUCCAGGUACCGUGUUUCACCCACGUGUUCAGUGCAGCUGAUGGAUGUGAGGGUUGUUUGCAUGCUCAAAACUGGUGCGGAGGAAUGUAUUCAACACAGAGGAAGGACUUUUUCUCAGUGACACUGGGAGAACGCAGCUACAAUAAUGGAAAGCACCGGAGGCAGUCCUGCUGGAGGAAAUGGAAGCAGUUUUCCCGUCUGCAGCGCAGUCUCAUACUGUCUCUCUUCUGCAUUCUGUUCAUCGGAGGGAUCUUCUCAUACCCCAGCCUCUCUGAGCAAUGGACAGAUCUGUUUGAAGGAUCACUGCAUGAUGUUAGAGAUGACCUGCAGAAACGGGGUUUCCAACCGUUCCCACCUGGUCAGAUCCUAAAACCAGUACCUGAGGUCAUAAACAAGGAGUCUUCUGAGCCACAGAAACUGAAUACCUUCGUCCUUCCCAAUGCUCCAGCUCUGAAGAAACCUCCAAGCAAACGUGGUCCUCCAGGCCUGCAGAAACGAUUAAAUGUGUCUGAAUGGCAGGUGAAGGGCGGACAGGAAGCAGCCGGCCGAAGAGAAGAAGUGCAGGAGGAUGAAACUCAGACUGUCAUUAGCUGGCGAGGGGCCAUGAUCGAAGCCGUGCAGGACGCCGAGCCACAGGAGGCAGCAGGAGCCGCGGAGGUCGGGGAAGCCGUCCCUUUGCAAAUAGUCCCAGUGAACCCAGUGGAUCGAGCAGAAGCUGUCAGAGAAGCUUUCAAGCAUGCGUGGAAAGGCUAUAAAGCUUUCGCCUGGGGUCAUGAUGAGCUGAAGCCUGUCUCGAAGACAUACAGGGAGUGGUUUGGUUUGGGUCUGACCCUUAUCGAUGCGCUCGACACCAUGUGGAUUCUCGGCUUGAAAGAUGAGUUUGAGGAAGCUAAGAAAUGGGUCGAGACGGAGUUAUCAUUCUCUAAGAACGUCGAUGUGAAUCUGUUCGAGAGUACCAUCCGCAUUCUCGGAGGCCUCCUGAGCACUUAUAACCUUACAGGAGACACGCUGUUCCUGGACAAGGCUAAAGAUAUCGGUUCUAGAUUGAUGCCUGCCUUCAAGACUGCGUCCAAGAUUCCUUUUUCUGACGUGAACAUCGGUAAAGGCACUGCGCACCCACCACGCUGGACCACAGACAGCACCGUUGCCGAGGUCACCAGCAUUCAGCUGGAGUUUCGGGAGCUCAGCAGACUCACCCAGGACCCACAAUAUCAGAACGCAGUGGAUGAGGUGGCGAGGCUGGUCCACAAGCUCGAUGGGAAGCGCGAUGGACUGGUGCCCAUGUUUAUCAACACAAGCAGCGGCAAGUUUACGCACCGAGGAGUGUUUACUCUGGGAGCUCGCGCUGACAGCUACUACGAAUACCUGCUCAAACAGUGGCUACAGGGAGGGAAAAAGGACUUCACGUUACUAGAGGACUACCUUCAAGCCAUUGAGGGAGUGAAGAAAAAUCUCCUCAAACAGACAGCCAGUAAGCACACCUUUGUGGGAGAGCUGUCUCACGGACGCCUCAACCCCAAAAUGGAUCAUUUGGUGUGUUUUCUUCCGGGCACACUGGCUCUGGGAGCGCAUAACGGCCUGCCAGCUGACCACAUGGAUCUGGCAGUGCAGCUGAUGGAGACAUGCUAUCAGAUGUAUGCACAGAUGGAGACGGGCCUGAGUCCUGAGAUCGCCCAUUUUAACCUGUACAGCCUCAGCGGUCGUGAUAUAGAUGUCAAACCGGCUGACAGACACAACCUCCUGAGACCUGAGACGGUAGAGAGUCUGUUCUACAUGUACAGAUUCACCCAGGACAGGAAAUAUAGAGACUGGGGCUGGCAAAUUUUAGAGAGCUUUAACAAGUACACCAGGGUCCCCAGCGGAGGCUACACGUCCAUCGGGAACGUACGUGAUGCGGUCAAUCCCAACCCCAAAGACAAGAUGGAGAGCUUCUUCCUCGGAGAGACCCUGAAGUACCUCUUCCUACUGUUCUCAGAUGAUCCUGAGCUGAUCAGUUUGGAUAAGUACGUGUUCAACACUGAAGCUCAUCCUCUCCCUAUCUGGCCGUCUGCAUCAUGACCUGCUCUGGAGUUCUAGAAGCUGAAGCUUCUGGGAGAAUCCUGCAGAGCUCUUUAUCUGGAACAGGGAGCAAAUGGAGAUUCAGAGCUCAACUCGUUUUCUUCGGGGUCUUGUUCUACGGUGGUGAACGAAACACGGAUCGAACUGGAAGGUCAAAAUGGUUAACCAUGUUUGAUGUAACGGUUUUGAAACCAUUCACACGCUCAUUAUUAGAGUUAAAAAAACGGUCAAUGUGCGCUAUUGCUGCUUGUCGUUGAUCUUAUUUGCAUAAGACAGCUCAGAAUUAAUGCUGUAAAAACGGAAGGCGUUUUUUUUUACGUGAAAUGAAGUACCACUGUUUUUUUGUUGUAUUUUUUUUUUACCUUCUCAUAUUGACGAACGUGAGGUUUCGCAUUUCGUCAUGAUGAUGUGACAAGCUCUUAAACAGGGGGACCUCGAAACGCAUUUCUGAGUGCUACAUUUAUGAGAUACAGGAGGAAUUUAGGGCCUGCGUGAAAUAGCGAGCCGUUUGUUUUUAAGAGUUAUAUUUUAUUUGAUGGCUCUAAGGCCCGGGAGAUUUUAUUUGUUUCUGUUCACUUCAUCUGACAGCUUUAGCACUUUAGUAAAAGCCCACGACUUGAUUUAGUAGCGUUCCCUCCGGAGCCUCCUGAGCUACGGCGGAGCUUUGUGUCGCGAUCCGCAACUCUGCCAGCUGUUAGACGAAACCCGAGGUAGACUUUCGAGCCAUGACAAACCCCCCACCCCCACCCAAAACCUUUUCCUUUUUUUUUAAAUGAUUUAAAGGAGCCGUUUGUAAUUUCGGAUUCUGCUGCCGAAUGUGAUCAGAAUUGCAAUGGCAACAUUGACAAGCUGCACAAGGCUUCGGUUAUAAUUCGGCGUUCUCACGUCUCUGCAUGUCGCGCAGGUCUACAUGAGGAAUAUGUAUAUGCGUUGAACACAUUAACGAUUAUGUUUUAUUGAUAGCUACUUGAAACAAAGCAGCUUUUUUUCUUAAAAUCAUUAUUUUCCAGCUGUGUCAUGUUCAUGAGAAAUCCAUUGUCGUUCAGAACAAACACACGUUGAUGUUUCGGUUAAGGCAAAGACUCCGCUUGGCUAGGUGAUGAGCAGGAUGGUGUAGACAGCAGAAGAUACUUGGACAAUGAAGCAUUUAGCAGAGUGUACAGACUGUAAGAGGUAAAGCACUGCUGUAUCACUAUUAUAAACCUUUCUCACAAAAUAAGUGUUGCUUGCCACUCAUGAUCAUGUGGAAAUUAUAAUAAUAAAUAUCCAUGUACAGGAGCACUAUUUUUACGUUACCUACACAAAACCACUGUGUAUCCCUGCUUUAUUUCUUUAAACAAAAACCUGCACAUGCCAUACUUUUUUUUACUUUAUUAUGCAGUUAGAACUGAAAUUCUAAAGUCUAAUAUUUAAUUAAACUUGGGCAGAAGGGAUGGCCCUAUAGUUCUUUAUCAUCUCUUGAAUGCAGGUUAAUGUGUACCUAGAUGGAUCUGAGACAAAGGGAAAUGGAUCACUGCCCACUUUACAGCCUCACAUCCUUCCUAAUUCAAUUUAAUUGUUUUUUUCUCCUUGCUGUAGUAGCCUGUUGCGAGAAAAGAAAAUCCUUCCCUGAUAGAUGUUUCUAAAACUGGAAAAAAAGAUAUCCCUUUAACAGAGCCAGGUUAUAUUUAGUGGAAUUUAACCAGCAAGGUGUAGAAAUAGAACUAACUGAUAGAGUAGAAAAGAAAAACAACCCCUACCUGGUUCAGCUUUUGCCUGUAACACAGAACAACGCAUUCACCCGUGUUGUCGAGGUAUACAUGUGUGAGCUACACUUACCCAUAAUUCUGCUCUGUGAUUCUCGAUACAAUUAUGCAAAAAUAUAAAUUAAACAUAAAUGGGUGAGUAGAACAGCUGAUUUUUUGACACUGGGGGUGGAGCCAAUUUCAGGGCCGGAAAACUUCAUAGAGAAGCCUGAAAUUAUUAUUUCCAAGUCAAUGUGGAUACUAAAACCAUAGCACUCAAUGCAGGGGCUCAUGAAGAA